UGUUGACUAUAUAUAGAUUAAAAAUUGAAACUUUUCUGUGUGAAGUAGGGUUUUUGUUUGCUCCCUCCUUCCAGCUUCCCUCCUCCCAGUUUUUGCAGAAAAAAGGAGUAAAGGUCGAAUAUUGAAGCUUUUCUUUGAAGAAAGGGAGGUGCAAUUGGACACAUUUAUAAUAAUGGAGGAGGAUUUGAUAAGUCCAUUGGUUGAUGACAUUCUUAUUUUAAUUAUUUCUCAUUUGAGUUUGAAAGAGGCAAUAACAACUAGUGUUUUAUCCCAUAGAUGGAGAGGUUUAUGGAGAUUUACAAGUAGAUUAGACUUUGAUAUAACCAAGAUUAAAAAUAAUUUGAAGCCAAAGAUGCCUUUGCCUUCUUUAAAUUAUAGUUAUGGGUUCUUUUACGGCUUGGCUGAAUAUCAUUCAGAGGCAAGGAGGUUGUCUUUGAUUUCUAGGUCUAGGUUAAUUGACUCUAUUAAUGGUGUCUUGCAAUCACAUCAGGCUGUAAUGUUAGAUGAAUUCACUCUCUCCUUUGAUAGAGACUGUAAAGAUCAUAUUGAUUCUUGGCUCACUUAUGCAUUAGAAAGAAGAGUUAAAAAGCUCCAUUUGAAUUUUCAAUCUAUGAAUUGUAGAUAUACUUUUUCACCUCAUUUUCUUCAUAAUAAUAAGCUUGAUUCCAUUACUGUUAUACGUUUCAAUCAAGUUAGCGUUGCUGAUGAUGUUGUUGAUCUCAUUUUGCGCCUUUGUCCCUUUCUUGAAGUUUUAAGUCUUCGUAGCUCAGCUACUCUUUCUCAUCUUAAAGUUUUUGGCCCUCUGAAGCACUUAGAGAUUUUGUUCUGUCGCAAUGUGAAAUCUGUGGAAAUUUCUGCAAAAGAUCUUGUGUCAUUUAAGUAUUAUGGACCAUGUGCAUACAUAAUUGUUAAUGAUGCUCCUCGACUUGUUGAGGCCUCUAUCGGCGAUAAUUGUGCUUUCUAUUUCCUCAAAUAUAUGACCGUGUUCUCAGACUCUCUCUCUCGAUUACAAACAUUUAAAAUGGACUUAAGGUCAAUCAAGAUAAUUAGAAGUUACCCCAAAUUUCCAAUGUUCAGUGAUCUCAAGCACUUGGACCUGGUGAUUGAUGCUUAUGAUGCUUACGACCUUCUUUGCUGCACUUCAUUCCUGAUGAUGUGUCCCUUUUUGCAUGGAUUAAAGAUGAAGAUUGUAGUAUUAACCCGUUGGCUAACGGGUUUGGGCAUAGGAAGAAAGAUGAAGGUGCAGAAAGCGAAGCCACACCACUACCUGAAGAUGAUUGAACUGGGUGGUUUUCUUGGUUCAGCAAUUAAUUGGAAACUUGCAGAGCAUUUACUUAAAAGGGCUGUGUCGCUUGAGAAAUUGAUUAUUGACCCUCGUGUAGCUUCAAUGAAAUAUGAAGAAGAAUGUAAAAAUCUGGAGAAAAUGUUAGCAGCAAGAGCUCGAGCUAAGCAUCUAGAAACAAGUUUACCGCCUAAGGCUGAACUUGUGAUUCUCUGACCUUUGAAGUGAUCUAAAACUAGUGCUGAUUUUGGAGGUAGGCGGUGCUUCGUUGGUAGAAAAUGCUACCAAGUGGGAAUUGAGCGUGCUAAGAGUCUCUUGUUGCCAAGAGAACUUCAUUUUCAGAUGUUUGCGCGGGCAGAUGCUGCCAUCUUAAUAUAGAAGUAGAACACAACUUAUUAUUGGUGUUUAUUGCUUGGUGUGGAAAUUGUUUGCGAGAUUUACAAAAUUAGUUUAAGGGCUUAUAACCCUUUCCAUUUGAAAGGGUGUGAGCUUAUUUUCUGGUCUAUGAUAGCUUCUUAUAAUACACAUUUUAAAGCAUUCCCAUUGAAGGGAAGAUAUUGUUC